GUGUAUGUGUGUGACUUUUGUUGUUGCUGUUGCAAUUGAUUAAACAACGCCAGCGAUUGGCGUUGGUUCGGGCCCGGUUACCUAGGCCAACUCAAAGCACAGAGACCGAGCAACAGCGCCCACAGACACAGAUAAAAUGGGCUGCAACACCAGUCAGGAGCUGAAGACAAAGGAUGGCGCCGCCAUCGAUGCUGUCAGCAAUGGCGAACCGGAGCCGAGCGCACCACAAAUGGAGCUCGCCGAUGGUGGCUCCUCAUCGGCAAAAUCCAACUCGAACAAUCACACAAAUCACGCAAAAUCAAAUUCGAUUAUCUCCAAUGGCGAUGCCAAGGCGGCACUCAGCGCCAAAGGAGGCAGCGCUGCGGCAGCGACGGCAACAGCAACAAAUGGCGUCGUCGACCGUUCAUGCGAUAAGGCGGAAAUCACGGAAUUCGAUGAUGAUGACGAGGAUGAAGAUGAAGAACCGGAAGUGGAGAUACUUAUACCACAUCACCAUCAUCAUCAUGGCAGCAAGAAAUUCCGUCGAAAUCCGUUGAAAAAUUUGGAUCUCGAUUUUAAAUUCGAUGUUAAUUCGUUUUAGCCAGCACCAAAAAUAACAACAACCACAACAACAAUGACAACAACAU